AUGUCAGAAGAAAUGGAGAAACCAUUUGUGGUUAAGAGUUCCAAUAACACAACAACUCAAAUUGCAGAAAAAAGGAAAUAUAAAUUGAUCUUUGAACUCACCUGUAUGUUGACCAACAGCAAGGCUCAACUUGGUUUGAAUCUAAGCCCCAAAAUUCGAGUUCUUCUUCGAAAAGUGGUCCGCACACGUCUGUUGGAUAAUGAAGUUUUCCGGUUCUUUACAUUCAAUUUACACGCCCGUGGAAUGGUGUACGUUAGUAUGCAACGGGGGAAGGUUUGA